AUGUCAGACGACGAUGAUGAAAUUAUUGGGGACGACGAUGACGACGCAGACGAAUAUGAAGGGCAUUAUGGUGAAGAGUUUGGGAAGUAUGAACACUUGGACUUGGAGGCGGAACAAGUGCAGGAGGAGUCGGUACUCACGGAGUACGACCCCGAUGACUUCGUUUCCGGAGCCGUUAACAGUCCAUAUUCUACCAUACCUGUCGACUUGUUCGACUUUGAAUAUUCGUAUGGGUACGACUGUUUCAAAUACUUCAACUUGUGCGCAUGCGACGAUUCAGUGGUGUGCUGGGCUGCUGGCAGUAUCGUCACCUUUAUGGACAUCCACACGAAACAGACAUGGUUCCGGAGGAGCACCACUGGAGGCACUGUCGGAAAUAUUGCUUCGUACAGAGUUGACCCGGAUUACCGAAUCGCCAUAGCAGAAGCAAGAGAGGGCGCGAACGAGCCUGUAAUCGUAAUGUACACCUGGCCACAGAUGGAAAUAGAUGCGGUGCUUCGAGAGGGCACUGAGAACGCCUACUCUAUACUAGAUUUUAGCCCCGAUGGUGAAAUGUUAGCCUCAGUAGGCAAAGAGCCUGACUACAACAUCACUAUUUGGAACUGGAAGCGACACAAGAUCAUGCUACGAACCAGUGCCUUUACAUACGAUGUGGAUGCUGUUAUGUUUUCUCCUUACUGUCCUGGACAACUUACUACAGGCGGACAUGCCCACAUCAAAUUUUGGAAACUGGUACAAACUUUCACCGGACUGAAACUCAAAGGCGAACUUGGAAGGUUUGGCAAAACUGAAAUUUGCAACGUGGUUGGAGUUUACCCCAUGCCUGAUGAAAAGGUGCUGUCUGGUUGCGAAUGGGGCAAUAUCCUGGUGUGGGAAGCAGGUCUUGUCAAGCUAGAAGUUACACAACGCGGACGUAAACGUUGCCACAAUGGACCCAUAAUCCAAUUCAUGCUAAGUCCUGCUGGUGAUGAAGUGACUACAAUAUCUCGCGACGGUUGCAUUCGGGCCUGGUAUUGGGACACUGUGGAACAAGCUGAUCCUCCGGAAGACGACCAGUUCGUUGAGCUGAAUCCUGUAGCUGAGACUUGCGUGCCGGGUUGUCAAAUAAUGUGCUUGAAACAUCAAAAGGACCAAUUUUGGUACGCCCAAGAUGGCAAUGGUGGUAUUUGGACUGUGGAGUUGGAGCUUGAUAAGCUGGAGUGCGACCACCGCAAGAUGUUUACAACCCACGCUGGGCCCGUAGUGGCUAUACUAGCCUUGCGCACUCACCCGAUCCUGCUUACAAUGGGAAAAGACGGUGCCAUAAUGGCAUACAAUAUUAACACUCACGCACUCCUAGCCCGAUAUAUGUUUUCACACGCAAUAUCCUGUACUCUAUAUGUACCACUAGAGCUUGAUCACACAUCUCGUUCGAUAAUGGUGGGCUUUGAAGACGGUAUGAUGAGGACGCUACUGUUCCAUGCAGACCGGCUGUUGGAACAGAAGAACGUGAUUGACAUCAGAGUACAUUCCGCGCUUACCAUUCACAGUGAGGAUUCCAUUCAUGCUGACGUCAUGGAUUUGGUGUCUUGGCUGAAACCCCACUCUAAGAAGCUAGUCCAGAUGUCAUUCAAUACACAAUACACAUUGUUAGUUACGUGUGGGGAGGAUUCCACGAUAUUCAUGUAUAAAGUUAUGUCGGGCAACCCUUUGAAAUUAGAAAGACUCGGGUUUAUAGAGACACCUAACAUUGUCGCUUACAUGACCUGGAAACCUAAUGAGGAAAGAGUUCUGCUUCUGUGCGGGCAAGCAGGAUUAGUUAUUGAGGCAGUGUUGCCUGAUGCUGAAGUUCGCAAAUAUACUGAAAUUACCACUUUUAAAUUAGAAUUUGAAUCUCGUAAAGAUGUUGUAGUAAAAAAACAAUACAUGCGCCACCGACCAUUUCCAACUGAGGAUGAUCUAGCCAGUAUAGAUGAAGAGGCUCUAAAAGCUGCUGCUGAAGCGGCAGACAUGGAUAAAGAUGAAGAAGAAGAGGAAUGGGUCGGAGAAGUAGAGCUAAUUGAAGACGACACCCAACCACCCACUACUAUAACUUGGGCGGAGUAUUGCGAUGACGGUAUUUGGGUAAUACAGAAAGGCACGGGAGCGUUACUACUGAUAAAACCGGGACUACCGGUUAAACCGGGAGUCAGCAAUAUUCUCAAAUAUGGCCCUUUUCCCCAAGCAUGGUUGGAUGAUUUUAUUACGCUCAGAUUCGUAUGUGACCGAAAAUAUCUAGUGGCUGGUACAAAUAAUGGUUACAUACGUGUAGUAAGAAUGCCCUACGAUUACGAAGAUAACCCUGACCACCACUUCCAAAAAUGGAUGACGGCGAUGCAAAUUUUACUUAAGAAACUAAAGGGCAGACGCUUAGCAAAGGAAGAGACUCAACCGAUACCUCGUAUAGAUUUCGUCGAUAAUUAUUAUCUUCAAAUGCAUGACCGGUAUACAGGUGCUAUAACUUGUAUGGAUUUCAGCGCCGAUGGAAAGUAUUUCUUCACUUGUGGUGGUGAUGGAAACAUAUUUUCUUAUUUAAUAAACUUUGAGGAGCCGCUGUACCCUCCACCAGAAUUGCCUCAUAUUCCGGAAUUACCUAAAGUUGAAAAAUUAAAAGAACCGAGUACAGUAGAGGGACAAAUAAUGUCCCACGAACAGUUGAAACAAAAAGAAGAGUAUGAGAAAAUGAUGGCGAUCGCCAACGCUCACAAGAAACGUGUACGGGACCAGCUAGCUGAGCUCACUAGCGAAUAUAACAAACUAAUCAAGGCGAACCGUGUGCUACCUGCUUCUCAACAAAUAGACGUUACUCUUGACCCUCGUCCAUUGGAAGUGCAAGAGCAAGAAUUGGAGGUAGCCAGGCAGCUUGCAGUGAGGAAGGUGGCGCAUCAACUGGAAGCGUCUGACUUGGGUUUGUGGAAGAUGUACUCCAGGAAUAUCAUUCAGCUGGAUGUAUUCCCAUUCACAUUGCGAGCUAUUAGAGACCCAAAAGUAAUGAUAAGACCCUUACGCCAGAAAAACCUAUCGAAAGCCUUCUUCGAUCAAUUGGAAGAGGUCCACCAAAAAAUGGCUGAAGCUGCUUUACGGGGCAGACGUACGGAGUCCUCAGUUCGUCGCAUGGCUCAGAAGAGGCCCUCCUGGGGGCCACCACGUGUGGCCUCCUUUUUACUGGGACUUCCCCCGCGACCUCCGCAUCCCCUGAAGAAAGCACUGCGAAAUUACUAUACACGCUUGCAUCGCCACCACAUUCAGUUCAUUGAGUGGCAAGAUCAUCUUUCUCGUAAACCAGAUCCUAACGCUUUACCGCCUGGAGCUGCAGAGGCGCUCAAAGAAGCGGAGGCUUCGAUUGGCAACUACCUACUGAAAACUGCACCAGACUACAUAGCUCCACCCGGACACAACACUCAGCUUCGUCUUUGUCUUACUAGGCAAGAGAUUUACGAGAACAAGCGAGAAUUCAACGCUCAAAUUCUGGAACUUCGCGAGCGUAAGUUGGAGCUUGUCGACCGUAUGAAUAGUAUUGGCGAGAGGUUGGGAGAGAUUAGACUCGAAAUUCCACCAAAAUUGGUGAAAGCACCCCCUGAAGUGCCUUCGAUUGACGAAGAACUGGAGUUUCCUGAGAAGAAUCUUGAGGUUAAACCAGAGACUGUGGUAGUGACUUUAAGGGGUCCAUCUACUCCUGGAACUAAAAGAGGCUCCAUGACGCAGGAAAAGAGAAAAUCUUUAUUAUUUCCUCAACCUAGAUUGCGGCAGCCCAAAGUACCACGAUUCGUAUCACUGGCAGAAAGUCGCCCAUUAGCGGCAUCUUGGGAUCUUCUUAGACCAAGACCCGAUCACCACCCCACACCAAUGGAAGUUGAAAUUCGCGAGAGGCGAAUUGAAAGACAUCUUUUUGAACAAGACAUGUUGCUAGUAGAAGCUGAUAUAUCAGUUCGUGAAUUUGACUCACGUCUAAGGCAACUCCAAAGAGAACGUAUUCGUGUUCAGGAAAAAAAUCAACUGUUGGAACUACAUUUGUAUCAAAUGCACCAAGAAAUGAAUGUGCUGAACCGUUUUGAAGCUCACGAAGACAAGCUAGCUGAAAAAGUUUACACGAAAUUAAUGCAGGUCAGAGCUGUUCAAGAACAAAUUCAAGAAUGUGAGACACGUAUAGAAGAAUACAUAGAUGAAAAAGAAAAUCUAGAUGUUGAGUGUCAAGAAAUACAAUCGCAAUUCAAAAAGCUGGUCCAUGAUAACAAAUUUGCAGAUUUUCUACGCAGGAUCUUUAAGAAAAAAUAUCGUCAACCACGCACUCGUGAUGAUGAUGAGGGAUCAUCGGAGGAAUCCUCCUCAUCGUCAUCAAGCGAAGAAGAGGACGAAGGCAGUCUGGACAGUCGAGACAUUGGGCCUAUUCGACUUGAUCCCAACGUUUGCCCUGAGGGUUGCGAUCAAGACCUUUAUGACAAGACAUACGAAUUAAGGAAUACUAGGCAUAAGUACGAACAACAAAUGCAGGAACAAGAUCGUUUAGUAGAACUUCUUAAGAAAGACAUUGAUGCACACAAUAAAAUCAAACGCAAGCUCUCUGUGCAACUUGACAAGAGGAAGAAUAAUUUAAGAGAAUUCAUGAUGGAAAAACAAAGUUGUUUGAACGAGAUAGAUCAAGUGGUUAUACUUCACUACGAUCAGAUUCGGGCUGCAGCGCUUCUCGGCUGCACGGGACCAGACGGAUUGAAACAUGCGGUUGUUUUUCCCGAACAACUUCUUUUGAAACUAAGGAAACGUGUACUGGAAUUGCAGGAAGAAAUAAGGCUACAAAGGAUAAGAGCUAAGAUCAACCGUACCCAUUUGUUCCGCAUGAACAUUGAUUUGCGUGAAAUGCAACGAUUGGCUGAAGAGAUUCGAGCGCAGAUGCGCGAUGUGCUCACGCGCAAGCUGGGCAAACCUAGGAAAGUUGAUAAAACCCUCGAUGAUGUUCUACGACAGAUGGCUCGACGGCACAAGUACACUGACAAUUUGAGAAUUCUACCGCAUAUGUUACAACAAUUUCGAACUUGGCGAGAGCGCCACAGUGAACUCGAGAAGAAAUAUCUAAAUCACUUGGAUCGGUAUUCAAGUCGUCUCCGACUAGCAGCAGCAUUGCAAGCUGAUGUUCUACCGCAAAAGCCGUGUAAAGAUCCAAGUAUAAUGUAUGGUGCAUACAAUCUGCAACAUUACAGUCGCGAUGUUGUUCGUCUGCGAAUUGUACGUUCACAGCAACUGCAACAAAUUAAGCAAUUACAAGAGGAGAUCGGCAAUUUGCGACUUAAGCCUUCCGAUAAAACGAAAAUAACUACAAAACCGCCCCCUCUUGAGCCUGAACCUUCAGAAAUUUAUCUCUAUAUGAUACCUCACAUGCCUUUUCGAACACGUCACAAAUAUUUUCCGAUAACCCCUCUGAGUUCGCAAUCGAAGAUGAUACACGAAGUCAACGUAAUGAAGCUCUUGUAUGAUUGUUUGGAUGCCAUGCGGCACACACGAGAAGACGCGGAUCUGCUGCUUAAAGACCUCACCGAUGCAAUGCCAGAAGUUUUCUGCGGAGCAAGAUCCCGUUUUGAAGUAGUAGACGAGCUAGUCCGAAAAUGGCUGCUCAAACAUGGUGGAGAUCCGAGUCAGUAUAAGAAGCAAACUCGGGCAUUUGAUGCCCUGGCCAUGAUUGCGGAUACGCUUAUAAGACAGCAUCUUGAAUCAUUAGAAGGUGCAACAGACGACGACAACUUAGCGAUGGACCAACUGGAAGCAGGUUUGAGAGGCGUGUCUGAUAUGGACCAGUCACUUGGUGUCCGCAUGGCUCCUGUUCUAGCGGCGCUAUUUCACACCGCCGAAACCGAUGAAUUGGCUACUGAAGAAACUAUGACGUCACUGGUCAACUCCCUAAUUGACGAUGACCAUAAACUUACUGAAGAAGAAAUAGACAACAUAAACGUGCCCGCCAUGGUUGAAGAUAUUAAAGACCUAUCUGUAAGGGUUCCUGAUGCAGAAAUAGAGCGUAUAAUUUUAUUGGCUAUAGAAUGCUUGAGGGCCCAACUGUUGUCUUUAAAUGAAACAGAAGAAAUAGAAUUGGAGACAGAAAAAGCAAUUGUGUCUGCAUCGCAAGCAGCAUUCCUAAUAGCUGAGCCUCCGAACCGCACCUCAAUUUCCCGAGAUAUGUCCAUGGACCGAACUCACCGUUCCAGCAGAGAAGGAGACACAAGUAGGUCUCGACUGAGCACCGUCAGAUCUCGCCAAAGUAGCCUGGUGAAACCUCGAGUAAGUCUUGCUGGCAGCAAGAUUAUAGUUGACCCCACUGGUCAUACUGUCUCUGAACCCAUUGCCGGUGGACCCAGUAAAAUUGCUACUGGUCGGUCUAGUAAGACUGAUACUUCAGAACAUGCUGCCGGGAGGGGCAGUAAAACUGGUUCUUCAAUUAAAAUUGUCGCCGGUGAAACUGUUACUGAACCUGAUUCCCAUGAGCCCAGCAAAACUGAGAGUUCAAGUAAAGUUUCAAGCAAAACUACUUCGGACAGCACAGGUGCUGGAGGAGAUAGUGAAGCUAGUGAUACGCCAGUAGAGACACCAGUGGACACACCGGUAGACACACCGAGAGAAGGGGAGGGGCCAGCAGAUGAACCAUAAUUUUAUUUAGUUCUAAUUAUGCUUAGAUUUAGUUAGCUUACGAAUUAUUAUACUAAA